AUGUCUAAUUCGGUUGCUGCCAUCCUUCGCACUAUUCUUCAGCCUGCUACUGGCCUAAGCAGCGAAUUAUCUACUGCUUUUAUAUCGCUAGGAUCUGUCGUCGAUCAAAUGAAGGCAAAACAGGAGUCGAUGUCAAGGGAAAUCGAACAAGUGAGAAGGAUGACACGAACCAACUGGAUAAUGAUUGUCAAUCUACCCUUGCCCUUCGGAAUGUCCAAGAGCAACGCUGUGCAGCAGCUUUUCGAAAAAUUGGCGUAUGGAAAACCAGUAUUCGACUCCGACAGGGAUAUUUUAGCGACCGAUAUGAUGUACGUGAAUAAAACCGGUGGUACUUGUAACUUAUCAAUUUUUCUCGCUCAACGUCACUUUGACCACGUGAUGUCAGCUGUUUUCCAAAAACAAAUCAUCACUUUGAACAAGAAGAUGCCUGUCGAUCAGAAGAUAACUAUUGGUCGAGUUUUGACACCUACUGAGAGAUGUGACUAUGAAACAUCCUGUGCUUGCAAAAGACUAAUAAUCAAGAAAAUGCUCGAAAAGAAGAAAGUAGAUUCGACUUCUCCUGUGUUUUUCGUCUUGGUCGACAAAAGGAAACUUUGUUUACGUAUUGAUAAAGAGUAUAUCACUGUGGGCGAUGCAUCCGUCCGUUUCGGCAUUAGUCUCGAUGAGAUAGAGGAGGAAAAGAGGAAACACUCGUCUACCGCGAAGGCGCGACCCGACAGAGGCGCAAACAAGAGACCCGCCGGGGCAGCUGUGGGUCCUGAUUCUAAAGCCGCGAAACUUAUUCCUUUGAACCGAGAAAGUAAUUAA